AGCAGGGCAACGAGACACACAGAGACCAGCUCAUACAAGGAGGACAGAGACAGAAAAAUGGACUGUAUUGACCCACACCUUUCUGUGGGCAAGUUCUUCAUCUGCUUACUUCUGGUUCUGCUUCAGGCGUCCAACGCCACAUCUCAAAGUUGUUCUUUUGAAAGCCCAGUACAGUUUCAAGAAAACAACAAUGUUGGUGAUGUUGUGACAACAAUUUCCAUCACAACUGGAGAGACAAUUGCCAUUACAAGCACAGACGUGCCAUUUGGCAUUAAUGGAAACCAGCUGAUAGCGACUGAAGUGUUGGACCGUGAGGAGACACAGACCUAUGCUGUUGUUAUAAGAUGUACUCUGGGUAGUGCAUCGAUUUCAAAAACUAUCGUGGUAAUUGUGCAAGAUGUGAACGACAACGAACCAUUUUUUGAGAAGGACUUGUACCAGGAAAAUGUUGAAGAGCUGGCUCGGAUAGACACCAUUGUGGGUCAGUUUCCUGCCAUUGACCUUGAUGGAACUGUGCUGUACUACACGCUGAAAUCUGAGUCUGAACCUGACGCCUUUAAGCUGAGGUCGCAAAGUACACCAGAAAUCCUUGUCAAUAGGCCUCUUGAUUAUGAUAAAGUCAAAGAGGUUCGACUGAUACUGGAAGCCCAAGAUACACCUCUGACUUCUCCACCUGAAGGGCCAUCAUUCACUGCUACCACAACCAUCCUGAUCUCCAUCAUAGACAUUGAUAACCGACCUCCAUGGUUCGAACCUUGUGCCAGGCAUGAUAUAAAUGAAGCAGUGAUUUGCCUGAAUACAGGCUACACUGGCAAAAUUUACUUAAACGAACAAGAGACUGGAGUGUUGCCUUUGAAGCCCGGACCUCUUUAUGCCAUUGAUGGAGAUUUAGGAAUAAAAGAGGAGAUAACCUAUUCCAUCUUUUCUGGAAAAGAGGACGACCUGUUUUCUAUUAAUCCAAACACUGGAAACAUCACCAUGCUGCGGCCAGCGGAUGUUGUGGGGGAAAUUGCACUGACAGUUCUGGCUGCUCAGACGAAAAACACUCAUCAGUUCGCAACCACAACAGUGACGUUCAGAGUCCAAGUGCACAGCCUUCAUGCUCCAGAGUUUCAGAAGGCUUUAUAUGAAGGUCUGAUCACUUCAGUGGGCUCUAUGGCAAUGGACCUGACCAACAAGGACCAGCCGUUACAGAUCAUUGCUACAGAUGAGGACUACAUUGGCGCUGGGGGAAUAAACCCCAACAUCACCUACUCAAUCAAAGGCAGCAGUGAUUUUGCUAUUAUUGGUGGCUACGUGUUCUUGACCAAAGCUCUGCCAGAGAGCUCAGUAUCAAUCCAGGUUGUGGCAACAGACGUUUCUAAUGAUGAAACAGCUACUGCAGAGCUCCGAGUUGAACUGACGUUGGGUCUCUCUACCACCACGUUGCCUCAGAGCACUACAGACUCUAUGACCACAACAGCCAUAGAGAAAUCCACCUCUGAUAGCGAGACAACCAAAGAGAUCAUGCCCACCAGUGACUCCACUCUGUCAGCUGACACCAUCGUCACCACUGGGCCCACAGAAGGAGCCUCAACUGCAAGCACAGCUCGCCCAGUGGGACCAGCUGGUGAGUUUGGAAUUGUGGACAUGGCUGCAUUGGGGGCAACCUUGGGUGUUCUUUUGUUUCUCUGUGUGCUGGUCAUCGGGUUGCUUGUUUAUCGCAUGAGGAGGGGAAAUGCAGCCUGGAAGAAGAUCCAAGAGGCCAGCAUGUUUCGGAGCUCUCUGGGUGAAGCCAAUCAAAAAGAAGGAAUUCAAUACACAAACGAGGCUUUCCAAAACAACGACGAUGACAGAAGUAGCACAGGCUCUGGUGGUCCAGAGGGAAAAGGCGUAUUAACUAGCUGGGAUCCACCAAAGCCAGUAGAGAACACUCACUCCGAAGGAGCGAGCCAGAGCUCUUCAGCACGACAACGGACCCAAUUUUCUGACAACGCCAGCGACAGCGGCUCAGAUCGGGCAGACAAUGAAAAAGAGGUGAAACCCAUCCUGACCAAAGAGAGGCGAGUGGAGGAGGGAUACAAGUCUGUCUGGUUUAAAGAGGACAUUGAUCCCAAUGCCAAGGAGGAAGUGGUCAUCAUCCCAGAAAAUCAAGAUGAACACAGCGAUGAUGAAGAUGAGGAGCCAUCGUCCGACAGCAGAGGAGACAAAGAUAAAAAUUUGCAGCGAAAAUCACCAAAAGUCUUGUUUGCUGAAACGGAUCUGGAUAGUGGUCUUGGUGUCAAGUUCGAUGAUCCAGCAGAUGAUUCUGAGAAUGACGACGAACUUAACUUUGAUUUGUGAGAACGGCUGAAACGUGAGCUAAUAACAGGAACCAGCCAUAUUAAAAAUGUACAUCGACUUAUCAUCCAUGUAACUGUUAAUCUUAUCAGCCUAUAGCAUCGAAUAUGGACCAGAAAAACACCCUGUAAAAGAAAAAUAUUUUGAUGUAAAAGUGUGAAUUGCAUUUGAAAAGGUGAUUUGUUUUGUUAAGUUGUCAAUGAAUGUUUUAUUUGUGUAAAAAAUUUCAUGCAGAAACUGUUGCGGAACAACCAGAUUAAAUACAUGCAAAGUGUU